GAUGGCAUAGUAAAUCCAACAAUAAGAAAAGAUUUGAAAACUGUCCCGAAAUUCUACUGUUGUCCAAUCAAAGGAUGUCCUCGAGGCCCUGACAGACCAUUUUCUCAGUUUUCUCUGGUUAAACAGCACUUUAUGAAAAUGCAUGCAGAAAAGAAGCACAAAUGCAGUAAAUGCAGUAAUUCCUAUGGCACUGAGUGGGACCUGAAACGACAUGAGGAGGAUUGCGGCAAGACCUUCCAGUGUACGUGUGGCUGUCCAUACGCCAGCAGAACCGCACUGCAGUCUCACAUCUACCGAACUGGCCAUGAGAUCCCUGCAGAACACAGAGACCCACCUGGUAAAAAAAGAAAAAUGGAAAGCUACCUGCAAAGCCAGAAGUUGUCCAGCAAAACCAUUGAACCAUUGAGUGACCAACCAGCUCCUCACCAAGACGUUCAUGAACUGGAAGCAUCAGAAGUAAAGCUAGCAGCAUCAUUUGAAGACUCUUUCCGCACUCAUGCCAAAAAGCAGAACAUCACAGCACCUCCCAGGUGCCCCCAGAAGUUGCUUUUACCAAAGCCCAAGGUGGCUCUGGUUAAACUUCCAGUCAUGCAGUUUUCCCCUGUGCCUGUCUUUGUGCCUACAGCCGACCCCUCAGCCCAGCCUGUGGUGUUAGGUGUGGAUCGAGGUUCUGCAGCAGGUGCUGUGCACUUAGUCCCCUUGUCAGUAGGAACCCUGGUCCUCAGCCUGGAUUCCCAGGCCUGCUCUAUGAAGGAGAGCCUACCUCUUUCGAAGAUUAUCAGUCCUAUUGUUGAGCCAGUCAGUACAGGUGUUCAAGAGAACUUGGGGAAAAGUCCUUGUGGUCCUUUACAAGAACUAGGAAAUACAUGUCAGAAGAAUAGCAUCUCCUCAAUCAACGUGCAGACUGAUCUGUCCUACACCUCCCCCAACUUGAUACCUUCUGCUCAGUGGCUCAGCCCUGAUUCUUCUGUGUCAUCGUGUUCUCAGACUGACCUGUCGUUUGAUUCUCAAGUGUCCCUUCCCGUUAGUGUCCACACCCAGACGUUGGUGCCCAGCUCAAAGGUCACUUCAUCCAUAGCUGCUCAGACGGAUGCAUUUAUAGAUGCCUGUUUCCAGCCAGGUGGGAUCUCCAGAGAAACCCAAACCAGCAGGAUUCGAGACCCCACAGAUGACCCUGUGCAGGUGGGCCACGCUGGCCUGUGUGGGGACAUUUUUGAAGGUGUCCAUUCAUCAUAUAGCGUUCCCACGGACAACAUCAUGAGUAGUAGUUUAGUUUCAGAGACAGUAACUCAUGGUCUGUUACCUCAGAAUGACCAUAAGAUAUUAAGCCAAGUCAUUGAAAAGCCUGCACCCUUGUUACACUUCAGUGCCCAGAACAGCAUGCUUCCUUCACAGAACAUGACAGAUAAUCAGACCCAAACCAUAGAUCUACUGAGUGACUUAGAAAACAUCUUGUCAAGCAAUCUGCCUGGUCAAGCACUAGACAACCGGAGUCUUCUGUCCGACGCAAACCCUGGGCCUGAUGCCCAGCUCCCAUCAGCCUCAGGCCAGAAUUCUGGGAUCGAUUUCGAUAUUGAAGAAUUCCUUUCAGCCUCAAAUAUCCAGACUCAGACUGAAGAGAGUGAACUCAGCGGCAUGAGCACUGAGCCAGCCUUGGAGUCCCUGGACAUUGAGACCCAGACUGACUUCUUCCUCACAGACCCCUCCGCACAGUCCUACGGGUUCAGAGGAAGUUCAAGCUUUUUAGGCCUGGAGAUGUUUGACACGCAGACACAGACAGACUUAAACUUCUUCUUAGACAGUAGUCCUCACCUGCCUCUGGGAAGCAUCCUGAAACACUCCAGCUUCUCCAUGAGCACUGACUCUUCUGACACAGAGACCCAAACUGAAGGCGCCUCCCCAUCUCGACACACACCGGCUCUGGAGAGCAAGGUCCAGCUGAACAGCACAGAAACACAGACCAUGAGCUCUGGCUUUGAGCCCCUGGGGAACUUGUUCUUCACCAGCAACGAAACUCAGACAGCAAUGGGUGACUUCCUUCUAGCUGAUUUGGCCUGGAACACAAUGGAGUCCCAGUUCAGCUCUGUGGAAACCCAGACGUGCUCGGAGCUGCACGCUGUCUCCAGCUUCUGAAGCUGCAGCCAGGCUCCCCUUUCCUUGUAUGUUUAGAAAAUGGGGACAAGGACAGCCACACCGACUGGGGAUGUAGUUGGUGGGGCAGCUGUUUAGGUUCUCUGCAGUUCUUGACGUUUUGUACUUGUGAACACAAGAUUGGUGUACAAAUGUGAGUGUAUUAUAAAGUGUAAGGUGUCGAUCUAAAAAGUUUCAGUGUUGCCUACGUUUGCUCCUGUAUAGCUAUUCUCUCCAUCUUUAAAAAAAACAAAAACAAAAACAUUUCACACUAAUACUUAAACCAUUUAACUGAAGCCAAGCUUACCAGAUAGUAGGGCCCAAGCUUUGCAACUGCUUUAACCUGAGUAUAGCACUUACAUGGCACCUUCACGUAAACAUCAUCUCCAACGUUAGACAAUGCUUGUGUGGCAGCUGACUGCUGUGCUGCCACCCCUCACCUUGUCACGUCCUUUCUGACUUGGAAACACUAAAGGAAGCCACAGCUGUCUUUAGCUUCUAUGACAGUUUUUACAUAGUCACUGCUAUCCCUUCUCUCCGGAGCAGUGACUACUGCCAGCUUUGUUGGCCAUCCUUUUCUCUCUGUGAAGUUCCUGCCCAACAGCAAGUACUUAGUGUAAGUAGCAGUCCUUCCAGUAAGAGUAAGCCAUCUAAACCGUGGAGACAGUUCUGUGGAAUCAUGCUGUUUGGUUCAACUCAGGCUUGUCCUGCGUCGUGGAAAAGCUUUUCCCUUGCUAUUGUUGAUCAAAAAGAUCUCUGUGACCAAAUUUUUGGGAUUGCCACAUGCCAACAGGCAGCCAGCUGUGAGCACACAGUGGCUAGAGGAUAGUCACUUCAUUUGGGCCCAGAACCCCAGAGCUUCUAACUAUAAUUGGGGUUCCUCUGACUCCCCAAUCUUGGGCUCAGUUAAUUUACUAGAGAGGCUUACAGAACUCAGGGAUACAGUUAUUGCAAAGGAGAGAGUGGGUGGGAAAGGGGCACAGAGCUUCCAUGCCCUCUAGGCACAAAACCCACCAGGAAUACAUAUUUAGCCUUGUAGAAACCCUCUAAACCCAGUCUUCUGGGGGUAAUGGCUGCUUUGUUGUGUGGGUAGAGUUGUUUAAAUCAUUGUCAUUAGUGAUAAACUUAACCUUGAGUGCCACCCUCCCCGCUGGGUUGGGAGAUAGGGAUGAUGCUGAAAAUAUCACCACCUUUCAAUCAUUAAUAAUGCCUUGGUCUCUCCUGUGACUUGUCCCCAUGCUUCCUGGAGGCUACCAGCUAUCAGUGGCCUCAUAGCAUGCAAAAGCAAAACAUUUCUCCUAAAUAUUUAAGGGUUGGGGGGUGUUGUGUGCAAAUACAUACUUCAUCUCAUCACACCCACAAACAUUCUUCCCAUUCCACAGCAGACCCUUGGGGCUACCCAACUGCUUCCUGUAAUGUACUCACAGACCCUCUAGGAAUUAAAAAGGGAAAAGUAGGGUGAAGAACAGACAUUCCUGCCGAGCCCCCUUUCAGUACUUUGCACUUCUAAUCUGAUAGGAGGAACAUGGCCUACAAAGUCUUUCCUUCCAUCCACCCCAGCUUUUACUUGAAGGAAGCACUUUGGUCUGGCAAGCAUAUUUGUGUGCCUUGAGACUAGCAAUUGUAGACUAGAUCCAUCUAAAGUAUGCUAGUCUAGAUUCUGUUGUGAUACACUCUUAAGGAGUAAAAGCAGUAGAACAUUGGCUUCAAUAAUCGGGAAUGGCUUCUGCAUUUUGAGAGAACAUGGUCAAACAUGCCUCGGGGACUCUGCGCUAAGCAGAUCAUGGAUUCAUAGCUAUUGCCCAACUCUCAGACAAAGCCGAAUGAGCACAGCCUGGGGAACCAUCCAGUCUACCCUGGGAAGCCCUGUUCUUUCUGUGGUAUAUGCUUGUGCUGCCAAACGUGAACUCUUAAAAUAAAACCUAAAGGACUGAUGAUUCAUCAGGUAAACUGGUGGUAUUGCUGCUGUUGUGUCCCAUUCAUCUGGUGCAAAGGACUCGGAAAUGGGCUAAUAACACACCCAGCAGAUGAGUUCACCCCAGUAGCUAAACAGUGGUUUUGGUCACAGUUGCCUGUGAAUGUGAGUUUCAGAGCAGACAUAAAGCCUUAACUUAGAUUUUCUCUUGCUAUGUUUUGGAAUCGUCACUGCCUUAAUGUUCAAGCAUCUAUUUAAGUUCUCCAGCUGAAGGAGAAAUGCAUGUCUGCUCAUGGCUUUUUGUAAAUAUAAGUGCAGCGAUCUAUGGCUUUAAGUUUUUGUUUCUGUGGCAAUGUCUCUUAAUGGUGACAGAAAAAAUGGAGCAUGUAAAUUGUCCUUUGUGUGCAAGAACUGUCCCAACAAACCACUAGUCUCUUGGAUUCCUAAGGGUGUUUGUUAACACAAAGUUGGUGAUUAAAGAGAAACUAGAAGUCUA